AUGGAGGAGGAGGCUGCGAGGAAGAGGAAGAUGCCUUGGGCCCCCCAGGCAGGCCCCGAGCUGAGGAUGGAGAGCCCGGAGGACAAAUCCCCCCGUGAGACCCUGGUGGGAGAGGCCGUUUUGAAGGGCUCCACGGUGCAGGAAGGCAGCGGGGAGGAAAAGGCCCAGAGAUCCCCCCACAGGAGGGGCUCCAAAGCCAGCCCAGGGUGCUCUGAGGAGGAAAGACCCAGCCUGUGCCGGGAAAGCGGCUGGAGCUUGAGGGGGAGCUCUGACCUGGUGGUCCCUGAGCAGCCUCCCAGCAGGCAGAAGCCCUUCAGGUGCUUGGAAUGUGGGAAGAGCUUCAGGAAGAGCCCCGACCUGCUCCGACACCAGCACAUCCACACUGGGGAACGGCCCUACAGGUGUGGAGAAUGUGGGAAGAGCUUCAGGACCAACUCCAACCUGAUCCGGCACCGUCGCAUCCACACUGGGGAACGGCCCUAUUCGUGUGACGAAUGUGGGAAGAGCUUCAGGCAGAGCUCCCACCUGAUCCAACACCAGCAAAUCCACACUGGGAAACAGCCCUACAUAUGUGGGGAAUGUGGCAAGAGCUUCAACCAAAACUCCAAGCUGAUCCGACACCAGCUCAUCCACACUGGGGAACGUCCCUACACGUGUGGGGAAUGUGGGAAGAGCUUCAGGGACAGCUCCACCCUCCGCACCCACCAGUACAUCCACACUGGGGAACGUCCCUACAUGUGUGGGGAAUGUGGGAAGAGCUUCAGGGACAGCUCCACCCUCCGCACCCACCAGUACCUACACACUGGGGAACGGCCCUAUACAUGCGGGCAAUGUGAGAAGAGCUUCACGAAGAGCUCCCACCUCCUCAUCCACCAGCGCAUCCACACUGGGGAACGUCCCUACAAGUGCUUGGAAUGUGGGAAGACGUUUCAGCAAAGCGCACAUCUCCUCCUGCAUGAGCGGACACACACGGAUGAGAGGCCCUUCCGCUGCACCGACUGCGGGAAGGGCUUCAAGCACAACUCCACCCUCGUCAGGCACCGGCGCAUCCACACCGGGGAAUGGCUCUACAAGUGCUUGGAAUGUGAGAAGGGCUUCAGAGACAGCUCCACCCUCCGCUCCCACAAGCGCAUCCACACUGGGGAACGGCUCUACAAGUGCUUGGAAUGUGGGAAGAGGUUUCAGCGCAGCUCAACUCUCCUGAGGCAUGAGCAGACACACACAGAUGAGAGGCCCUUCCGCUGCACCGAUUGCGGGAAGGGCUUCAAGCACAACUCCACCCUCGUCAGGCACCGGUGCAUCCACACCGGGGAGAGGCCCUACAAGUGUGGGGAGUGUGGGAAGAACUUCCUCAGGAGCUUUAACUUGACCUCACACCAACAGACCCACAAGUAA